AUGUCAUUGGACGUCAAGAUGGAUGGUGUUGAAUCGCGUUUGGUGAGCAAGCUGGAAGAGGCCACAAGCUCUGUAGUCACAGCUGAGUCGCGUAUCAUGACAAAGCUCAAGGAUUCCACCACGGACUUGAAGCGCCACACUACACAGAAGUGUGCUGCGUCCAAUGACUCCUCCUCCAAGAGCUCUAGCAGUGGUGGGUGGCGUCACAACCACAGUUUUCCUGCUAACGCUGGCUCCAACACUUCCACUGAGGUCAUCUUGGAGCGAUUGGAAGCCCAAGAUGGAAUCCUCAACCACAUGGAUGGACAAAUUGACUGGCUGUUGGAGAUGGUCCAAGGGCUCCAAGCCAAAUGCCCGGAUCAUUCUGGACUUCCCAAGAAAGCCAACCCACCCAGCACUGUCACUACUGAAAGCUCCGACGGCACAGCAACCUACACCAGAAAUCAUCAUAGAAACUCCACUGGAAACAAGCAAGGCAGAGCAGCCUCUACUGGAGGCUCCAACACACGUUAUGUCAGCAUGACAGUAAACCAGUACUCAAAGAGUGUGCCGAACACCAGCAACACCACACAUAUGAAUCAUGGUCGCCCUGUCAAUGGCCCAGCUACUGCUCCACCACGUCCGACUGUUCAAUUCAAGAAUGUGGCAGAGGCUGUCCCCAUGCCCUUUUCCCAAGUUCAACAGUUCCGACAGGGAAGACGAGUUGCAGAGAAGACCAGCACCAUUCCACCACCCGGCCCUUUCCAGGAUCCUGUUAAAUAUGACAGCCAGAAGCCUCAGGCAGCCAAGUACCCCAAUCCGUACAAAAGACAGAGUCCCCCUCCUUUGACUCAGUGA